UGAUAGUAUGACAGUCCGGCUGGAUACCUUCCCAAUCUCGAGUGUAAAACCUGGUUAGGAAAGUCAUUUGGAUACACAGAAGUUCAUCGCAUCUGAAGAAAACUUGCGGUGACUAUAUUUUUGGCUGACUUUUUUUUUAUUUAUGCGCGUGCCUCCGAUUUCUCAAUUUUUCCUUUUAUAAACCAGCCUUGGAUGCUAAAGAGACCUCGACAUCCCUAGGUUUUAAUUAGUUCUCUGUUUCUUUCCUGCUGUAAUAAUGUGUUCAUUGACCAGUUUGCGAUAACACUCCCCUAAAAAGAGCUUGUUGUGAGGGAGAAAGGGAGGGGGUGUGAGCUCCCUUUGCGCUCCAAGAGAAGAAGAAAAGGGAAGAAAUCUUGGAAAGAGUGAUCGAGCCUCCGAGGAUGACUUUAGGGACGGAUAUGUCCGACAGCUCUGCUUUGUCCGAAGAUGUAGACAUUGAUGUGGUCGGCGGGGACAUAUCCGUUGGAAGAGAUGGGAAAUACCUUCAGCACGAGUUUAACUUGGACAAUGACUCGGACGAUAACUACUCGCAGAGCGCAGCAGAGAGGGCUUCCUCUCCGGGGCUCAGCAGCUCUGACUGCCCCUCCAGCGCGGAGCCUGGGACCGUCAUUGGGGACAAACCCAGAAAAAGCGCACUUGUGAAGCCUCCCUACUCUUACAUCGCUCUGAUCACCAUGGCCAUCCUGCAGAGCCCAAAGAAACGCCUCACCCUCAGCGAGAUCUGUGAGUUUAUCAGCAACAGAUUCCCUUACUACCGGGAGAAAUUCCCUGCGUGGCAGAACUCCAUUCGCCACAACCUUUCCCUGAACGACUGCUUCGUGAAAAUCCCACGGGAGCCCGGGAACCCAGGAAAGGGCAACUACUGGACCCUGGACCCGGACUCCGCGGACAUGUUCGACAAUGGGAGUUUCUUGCGCAGGAGGAAACGCUUCAAGAGGCACCAAAGCAACGAAAUCCUCAGGGACUCCGGUGGCUUUCUGCCCGGGUUCGGAUACGGCCCGUACGGAUACAACUACGGACUCCAGCUGCAGAACUUCCACGCAGCCCACAACCCUUUCCACCCGCAUCACGCGGGGGGGUCCUUCCCAUUCCCCAACACCCCCUGCACCUUGCCCUCACCUGCAUCCAUAUUCCCCGCGCCGCAUCACCUGCCCUCCCUUCUAGGGGCCGACCUGAGGAAGCCCUUUUACCCUCAGCUCAGCCCAUCCCUGCCGCCCCUAAAGACGGACGCCAGCUCUACAGCCAGUCGACCCUCCUUCUCCAUCGACAACAUCAUAGGAGCGGCCAACUCCAGCGGCUCUUCCUACAGCGCGCAGAGCAGCAGCCAGGCUCAGAUCCUGGCCAUGCUCACCCCAGCGCUGGCCUCCGCUUCCAACCACCUCAACCUUUCCCAAGACCCCCUAUUCCAAGCAUCUCCACAGGUUCAGACUUUUCCCAACAAAAACACCAACUUGAACACUUGUCCUUUCUAAAGACAGAAAAAAGUGACUAAGAAAUAAUAAUUGUGACGUCGUCCUAUGUGAAGGUAGGAUGAACAUUUUUGCUGCAGAGAGAGGGAGAGAGUUUGUUUCGGGCUUUUCCUAACAAUGUGAGAGGAGACUUUAUUUAUGUGAUGUAAAUAAUGUGCAUAACACUGAGAGACAGAAAACUCACAGAAAGAUCUUAAAAACAAACACAACGCAGGCCUGCAGGUCUGCGGCCUCCAUUUAUCAGCUGGUAGGACUUAUAAAUAAAAAUAAAAAGAAGCUGAUAUUUUAACAUAAGUUAAAGGUGGGGCUAAUUUCCAUUUUUAUAAAUAUAACUGAGAAUUUUAUUAUUGUGUUUAUUGUAAGAUAGUGGCACUAUUGUUGUUGGUAUAGAUAAGAGACGGCAAACUCAGGUUUUACUUAGGAAGCACAUUAAGACAAAAUGGGGAUUCUGAAUUUAUAGAAAAAUAAAUUUCACCCUAAUUCCCCCCUUAGUCCCCUUUUACAAGGUGAAGUUGUGGCAAUAUCUUUUCAUGUUGUUAGUGGACACAUAUAGGUUGCGUGAUUGACUCUCUCAGCCUUUUUAACUGUUCUUUCCUCCCAAUAUUUACAGUUGAAUCUUUGAAACGUUUGUCAUGUGUUGCCUAUAGCUGAGCACCUAAAUGUUCAUAGGUCAGUUCUUUUUUUUGUUGUAAUAUCGAGAAUAAUAAAUGUUUGUGAGUUUGAGAAAUUGAAAA